CAAAAGGCGGUUUCGAUGGUACCUCUAAUGUAUUGGCAGGCAAAUUGUUCAAUAUUCCUGUUAAAGGCACACAUGCUCACGCUUACAUUACCUCAUUUUCGGGCAUUGGUGAAUUGAAAACCCGUCUUUUGAAACAUAAAGUCACAGGUGUUACAGGCGAUUUACUGGAGCAUGCUAUCAAACAUCGUCAAUCGCUGGCUUCGGUUUUAGACGUUUCAAUGGAAGAGUCAUCGGAGGGUGAAUUGGCAGCCAUGGUCUCAUACGCCAUAGCAUUUCCUGAUGGUUUCAUGGCUUUAGUCGAUACGUAUGAUGUUAAGAGCCCUAAAAGCAAAACACAAGAAUUAAACCAUAUAAAGCCAAGUAUCACUUCUAAAAGCUCAACAAAUGUUAGGAAAACUAAGAAUUCCUCAAAUUCAUACAAACAACAACAACAUGAAAAUGGUUUAACAAACUCCUCUCAAAUGAAUGGCAAAAUAUCAACUCAUCAGCCUUCAAAUGGAAAAAUGUGUUUAGAACAAAAACAUGUAAAUGGUCAAACUGUUUCGAAUGCUUUAACAAAUGGCUCUCAUAAGAACAACGCCAAUAAAGUCAGCAAUACCACAACCACAAACAUAAAGAAUAAUAAACAUUCAGUGGAUGUAAAUUCAUUAUCAUCACCAUCGUCAUUUCUAACGCCCCAAGCUUAUCUGCCAAAAUACGUCGAGAAGUCGUUCAGGUAAUAUUUUUUUUUAUAAUAA